CCUUGCUCUCACGUCGCCGUCGUCGCACGGACUCUUUAGUUGGACGGACCGAGCAGAGGAGAAGCAGGAAAACAAAAUGUUGUUUUGAUUCCAAACUGUGAAAUAAUGAAGAGAAUAAAGACGAAGUGACGGUGGAGGUGAAGCUCAGCCGGUGGACAUGUGGAGGAAAGACCCGAGGAGCGACUCCACCGGAGGAGCCGAGCGGUUUGAAUACUUACAGACUCUGGUGACGGAGUUCCAGGACACGGACAGCGGAGAGGCCAAGGAGCAGGUGCUGGCUAACCUGGCCAACUUCGCAUAUGACCCAAAGAACAUGGAGCAUCUGCGGGAGCUGCAGGUGACGGACCUCUUCCUGGACAUGUUGACGGAGGAGAACGAGAACUUCGUGGAGUUUGGGAUGGGAGGGUUGUGUAACCUCAGCAUGGAGCCGCAGUGCAGGGACAUCAUCCUGCAGAGCAGCGGGAUCAGCUUAGUCACCAACUGUCUGUCGAGCCAGAGGGAGGAGACCGUCCUGUCAGCCAUCACCACGCUCAUGAACCUCACGACGCCCAGGUCGCGCUCCGAGAUCACGGUCCCAGCCAUCCUGCAGUGCAUGCUGCGCUUCUCCCUCUCGGAGAGCCCCCGUCUGCGCAACCUGGCCGCGGUGUUUCUGCAGGACUGCUGCACCGAGGAGCAGGUGGCCCGGGCAGAGCGGCAGAUGCAGGGACAACAGACAGCAGUCGGGAUCCCGCUGCCCAAAGACAGCUGAGGUGUUCACACGGAAAAGAGGUGUUUCCUCUCUGUGAGCGUAGGCAAUGUCUCGUACUGUGCGGCCAUAAGUGUGUGGACAUUACAAGUGUAAAAUGUUUAGUGAGUGUUUAAAACAAGAAUCUGGUCUCAGCCCGUCAGUCCAACAGGGAAAUCCCCUGCAGCUGAGGUUCUUUGUCUUCUUGUGCACGUUUUAACAGACGAUGGAGUUUAGUUGCUGUGUUUUUUCUGACCACAUGAGGGAGACAGGAGAGUUUCAGUUGAACUGAAGGGUUCUGCUACUACCUUCUGCUGUGGACCACACAGUGCGAGCCUAAUGUCAUAAAUAAUAGAUAACAUCUAUUUUUGUAGAGUUCAAAACAAUUUGUCCAAAAUGUUUGAAGUGUUGUGACUGAUAGUGACUGAUAUUGUUUGUAAAACCAGGCUCACCAUCUGCAGGAGGGUCACGGUUAAUGUCCUGAAAUGUAAAAUCCAAACCCAAAAUAUGUAGAAUAAAAAAGAUCUCUAAAUAAACCUUGA